AUGAGUUCGACAAGAGCUACGGGCACGAGAUUCAUUGCACGAACAAUCCAUUCAAGCACAGUGUGGAACUGUUCCAGAAAAGAAAGAUCAGAAACCAUUGUCGAUAGAGGUCGCUAUGAAAAGUUCGACAAUUCGUCUGCUGAAUCGAAUGAUUUGAAUAUAAUCGACCAGCAGUAUUUCAGCCGUAUGUAUGACGGCAAUUCGGUUAAAGGCACCAGUUCUCAUAUACAUACUAAUAAUGAUAUUUCUAAAGAGCUCAAUGAUUUUGGAGAGAUUGAUAGGCAGUAUUUCAGUUCAACAGCUGACAAGAAGCAUAACUUUAUAGAGCAUAAAAGCAUAACAGGCAAACAAGAUGAUCAAUCAGACAAUGAAGUAACUAAGUAUAUAAAUAGAACUCCAGUGAGUCACAGUGUCAGUUUUCAAGAUGAUGAUUUUGAUAACGAAAUUGAUCAACAAUAUUUUGGAUCUGGGAACAAGUUUGAAGAAAAUGCAGAUAUUUUGCAAUCUGAUUUGAGCAGGUCAACUACAAAAAAAGUCAAGAGAAGUAUAUUUAUAGAUACCUUGGUCAAAGAGGAAGAUUUUUUCCAGGAGAAACUGGAAGAUGAUCUUGAUAAAUUGAAGAAAGAACUCAUUAAAAAAGUUACAAAACUUUUGUCGAAAAAAGAUGAUCUUCCUUUUCAAAAAACAACAGAGUUUAAAGAGCAACCAGUAGCAGAGGAAGACCAGCAUGGUAACUUUGAUUAUCUAAGUAAAGAGUCUCAUCUAGACAUUGACCUUGACCAAAUGCCACCUAAAAUAUCAGAUUUAUUGUCCAAGAAGACACAUGGGACAUUUGAGGACCAUAGCUUUCAUGCUGGCACUGUUGCCUCAGGUAGUCUAGAAAACGAAGUGAUGGAAGUUUUGAAAUCACUGAAGAGAAAACGUCAGCCAAUCAGAAAAGCUAGGUUACCAGCCACACAGAAAAUCUACGGAACUCCCGACCCUAGCAUUGCCAGCAGCAUGAUGCCAUGCGCAGGGUGUGGCGCAACACUUCAUUGUCAUGAUAUCGCAAAACCUGGCUAUCUUCCAAGUGAAAAAUUCACAUCCUUAAACCAUCUUGAACUUGAGAGAACAAUCUGCCAACGAUGUUGGUUGCUGACUCGUUACCAGUUAGCCUUAGAUGUCAAAGUAACACCAACAGAUUUUGUUAAACUAAUAUCACAGAUCAAAAGACGACGCGCUAUGGUUAUCUGCAUGGUAGAUUUGAUGGAUUUUCCUUGCAGUAUUUUUCCAAAUCUAAAAGAAAUUAUUGGUAAUAACAAACAGACCAUUAUUGUUGGUAACAAACUAGACAUCUUGCCGAAGGAUUCCCCCAAGUAUUUGGAGCACAUCAAGACUAAAAUAAUCCAAGAAUGUGUAGAAGCGGGCAUAGCUCUUCUUCAAAAUAUCAGACAUGUGGCGCUCAUUAGUGCAAAGUCUGGGUUUGGUGUUGAGGACUUAAUAACCCAGAUGCAACAAAUCUGGAGAUACAAAGGCGAUGUCUACCUGGUUGGUUGUACUAAUGUUGGCAAAUCAACUCUUUUUAACCGCUUACUUGAAUCAGAUUACUGCAAGACUAAAGUAUCCAAUAUACUUCACAAGGCCACCAUAUCCCUGUGGCCGGGAACCACACUGAAUUUAUUAAAGUUUCCCAUCCUGAGCCCAACACUUUUCAGAAUGACUAAGAGACGAGAGAGACUGAAAGCUGAGGUGCUGGAAACAAACAGAAAGUUGUUGGAUAUGAGGUUUACUCAUAAGAUAGACAGAGCAUUUGAUCACUCUGCCUAUGUAAGAGGAACAGUAGGACAGACAUUUAAAACCAAAGAUAAGGGUGAAUUAAAUUACUCUGUGAAUGCCAAUCCAUUUCUGGCUCAUCCAGGGGAACAAAAGCAAGGGAAAGAAAAAGAAUGGGUUAGUUCUGAAAUGCCAGUCUUACCACAUCCAAAUGAACUCAGACAAGCUAAAUGGUUUUAUGAUACUCCAGGAGUAAUCAAUAAAAAUCAGAUUUUAACAAAGCUCACGUCAGACGAAUUGAAACUAGUUUUACCAUCAAGAGUGUUAACUCCACAAACUAUACGACUAAAGCCUUCACAAAGUUUUCUAUUAGCUGGAUUAGGACGACUUGACUAUUUGCAGGGUGGGGAUUCUAUUCUACUGACAGUUUUUGCAUCACAUCAUCUGCCAGUGUAUGUCAUGGAAACUCUGGAUGCUGAGAUAAAGUACAAAGAGAAUAAUGAAAGCUUUUUUAAGGUACCAGUUUGUAGAGAAGAUCGACCCGCCACGUUUCCACCAUUAAUACCAAAAGAUAUCACCAUUACUGGUAUAGGAUGGAAGGAGAGCACUGCUGACGUCUUGUUUUCCUCUGCUGGCUGGGCGGCAGUUACCAUAGCAAAUGAUGUACGUGUGAAAUUGAAAGUCUACACGCCUAAUGGUUGGGGAUGUAUACUGAGAGAACCGGCAUUGCUUCCCUUUGCUGUUAACAUGAGAGGAAAAAAGCAAAGACGUACAAACAUUUCAAAGAUGAAACAUGCUUUUUAUACAAUAGAUAAAAAGAAAUUGAUGAAGUUCUUCUGA